AACAGGCUGCGUGUAGGUGGUCCAGCAGUUGGAGGUUCUGCACUACGGCUCGUUCGCGGCCCCGGGAUCAGGAUGGACUUCCCCGGCACCCUGCGCCCUUCAUUGUUUAUGACCGGCCCUCUUGGCAUGACUGAUGGCCCUGACCUGUCCUUCAUGUGCAGCUGGAGAGAUGCACUGACUCUGCCAGGGGCCCAGCCACAGAACUGCAAGAAUCCGACCUUGUCCUUUGCCAAGAACCUAUUGUGGGAGCCAUCAACACCAGGACCCCUCCCCCUAGUGCCUUCUGAUCCUGAUCCCUGGGACCCUGGUGUGACAGCUCAGGACUUCCUUUUCCGGGGAGGUCACUGCUACCAGUACCAAUCUCAAGCUGUGCUAGAUGUCACUGAGCAGCUCAGCCGCUUCCUGUGGGACCAUGGCGAUAUAGCCUUCGCACCCCUAGGCAAACUCAUGCUGGAGAACUUCCGAUUGGAGGGGAACCGGGGCUACUCGAAAAAGAUGACCAUAGUCAGCGCGAAGAGGCUGCUUCAGGACCUCGGCGGACACCAGCCCUGGGGGUGUCCCUGGGCUUCCCUCAGCCGCCGGCUGCGUCGCUUCUCCAUCGUCGGGGGUCCUGUCCUGAGCAGGUCAGUGUCAUUACUCAUGGGGAAGCUACUGCAUGAAGAGCUGGCCAUGCGCUGGGAGCAGCUGCUGAUGGAUGAGGCCUUCACCGGGGGCGCGUUGGCCUGGCUGCCCGGAAGGACGGCGCGGGCCGGACAGCUGGUCUACCCUAGUGGAGGUGCCUUGGACGAGCUGUAUUUCCAGGAGGUCAGUGUGACUUCAAGUGGCAACCCCCGGAUCCUUGAGAACCCUGGGCAUGUCCAGCUGCGGGGACCUGUACGGCAGGUGGUGACCAGCACCGUCCAGGGAGAAACGCUUCUGGCCGUCCGCUCUGACUACCACUGUGCCAUGUGGAAGAUUGAUAAGCAGGAGCCACCAGCACCCCUGAAGGUCCUGCAGGUGGAGAAGGGGGCCACUGGUAUUAGCCUCAGCCCUCACCUGUCAGGAGAGCUGGCCAUCUGCAGCCGUUCUGGAGCUGUGUGUCUGUGGACCCCGCAAGAUGGGCUGCAGAUGGUCUACAAGGACCCUGAGACGCUUGCCUUCUGUGAUCCGUCUCCCUGGCGCUGGGCAGACUUCACUGCCCACCCCCGGGUGCUGACUGUGGGGGACCGCACGGGUGUGAAAAUGGUUGACAUUCAGGGCCCGCCGGGCUGUGGGUUGCUGCUGUUCCGCGCUGGAGCAGAGGCUGCCUGCCAGAAAGGAGAGCGGGUGUUGCUUGCCCAGUACCUAGGGCAGCCGGGUCACACCUCUACGUCUCUGCAUCUCAUCUGCACCCAGUUUUCGAUCUACCUGAUGGAUGAGCGCCUCCCCCUGGUGCCCAUGCUUAAGUGGGACCAUGGCCUGCCAUCUGCUCCCCUGCUUGCCCGCCUGCUACCCCCAGCUAGCCCUGGCCAUCCACGGCCCCUGCUACUGGGAGGCCAGGGUGGGCAGCUGCAGCUGCUUCAUAUAACAGGAGAGGGGACUUCCAUGCCACAGCUGGCAGGGCCUCCUCAAUCUCUGCCCUCCAUCACCGACUCCCUCUCUGCCUUUCCCCUGCUGGAACCUAAGAGGCAGCAGCAGCUGCAGGAACGUCUGGAGGCACCAGUCAUAGGUCUGGCAGCUGUCCCGCUCUGUGCCUCUACCCCGGGGCUGUUGCUCUUCCAGCUCUCAGCAGCUGGGGAUGUCUUCCACCAGCACUUACGCCUCCUGCAAGCCUCCAGUCCUAGAGAGCCACCACCUGCACCCGGGGCGACAGCACCCUCAGUGGACCAGGUGCCCACGCCCUCUUGGACCUCUCAGGCCAGUGCCCGUUGCAGCCGCUGGCUGGAGGCCCUGAUGGAGUUGCCCCCCACUCGUCCUCUGUGGGCCGCCCCGACCUUCUCCCACCGCCGUUUUCUGGGCCACAUGGAGCGGCAGAAGAGCCAAGAGACCUUGGCACAGAAGCUCCGAGCAGCCAUGGCCAAGGGCCAGCUCCUGCGGCAUGGGGACCUGAGUACACUCCCCAGGGCGGAGCCACCCCCUGCACCUCAGUGCAGCCAGCAGGAUGAGCUCACUGAGCGCUUGGCAGAAGCCUGGGAAGGCCGGGCAGCUGCCUGGUGGAGGAAACAUCGAGGUCAGCCCUCUGAGCCCCAGACCCAGUCCAAGCGGCCCAAGCGACGGACUCAGCUGUCUAGCACCUUCUCCUCAUUCACAAGCUACUGGGACACCCCAGAUGCCAGCAGUGCCCCUCGUAGCCAAGACCUCUCUACCUCAGAGGCCCGUUCUCAGCCACCCGGGAUUCCACCCUCCCAGGAGUUGACACAGGAGCUGUGGGCCCAAGGUGUGAAGCGUGAACGCCAAAGGACCCUCCGGGACUACAUGGCCAAGCUGCCACUUCAGAUGGACACUCCAGAACCUGUGGCUAUACCACCCUCCCAGGCCUCUAGUCUUCAGACCAUGUCUCUCAUGCAGCAAACGCCUGUCCUCUCUGGCUCCCAGCCUCCCCGGAAGAAGCCACGAAUGGGCUUCUGAGUGGGGAAAGCCAUGUCUGAGAACCUAGCCUUCAUCCUGGAGUGCUGCGCCGAGCUCUGCCACUCCUCGCAGAGAGCAGUGUGCCCAUGGAAACGUGAGCAGCAUAGAACCAGGCUGAAACCAUGGGGAACCAGGCUGAAACCAUGGGAACCAGGCUGCUUCGUGUAUUUGAUGGUAGGAUACUCCUGAGAACCGGCUGCAGAGGCUGCAUCAGGAUGGCUAAUGCUGAGUCCCUGCAGUCCUGAGUCCCCCCUAGUCUCCUACCUUCUCCCACUGCCAUUCUCUGGGCCACAUGGAGCUUCAGAAAGAGCCAGGAGACCAUGCCACAGAAGCUCCGAGCAGCCAUGACCAGGGGCCAGCUCCUGUAGCUUAGGGAUCUGGCUAUGUCUCCAGGGUAGAGCCACCCCCUGCACCUUAAUGCAGCAGGGUUGCUAGAAGGUAGCCUUAGCCUCCUGUCCUCGAAGACACCUCAGCCCGCGUGCCUCCUGAGGUGGCCCAGUGUGGGUCAGCUGUUGUAGGCUGAUUGUGCCACAAUCCACAUAGGCAUUGACGCUUUGACUCUGGGACUGAAUAAACCUGUCCACUGGCCAUGAGCCAGAUGGUUAUGUGGGCAGAGCAGAUG